AUGGAAAUAUAUCACCUGAAGAAUAUCUUAGUAAUCGCCUUUGGAUAUUUACUAAUAUACAUUUCUUUUGGUGGACUUCAAACAUUGCAGAGUAGUCUAAAUUCUCACGGAGGUCUUGGUGUUGUAUCUCUAAGUGUUAUAUAUGGAAGCCAGAUCUUAUCUUCCGUUGUUUUUACUCCAUAUGUAAUAAGGAAGCUUGGCUGCAAAUGGACAGUUACAAUUUCUAUGUGUUUUUACAUCACCUAUACCUUGGCAAACUUCUAUCCGAAAUGGUACACCCUUAUUCCAACAUCUGUGCUGGUAGGCUUAGCUGGGAGUCCUUUCUGGACCGCAAAAUGUACCUAUCUCACUCUUAGUGCACAGCAACGGGCUCAGAAAGAAAACAAGGUCACAAUGCAUAUAAUAAAUCAAUAUUUUGGAAUAUUUUUCUUAAUAUUUCAGUCAGCGAGAAUUUGGGGAAAUCUUCUUUCUUCUUUAAUAUUACAUUUAUCAAGUGAAAACGCAUGUGGUGCUUUAGCAGUUUUACUGAUCUAUAUGUUUUUGGAUCCAAUUGAUCUUCAAAAUGAAAAGAAAAAAGAUGGAUACCCUCAAUAUUUUUGGAAUGAUUUCCUUGCAACAUUAAAACACCUACAAGACAAACGCCAAUGUUUAUUAAUCCCCUUAACUAUAUACUCAGGAAUUGAACAAGGAUUUAUUUUAAGUGACUAUACAAAGUCAUAUGUCACCUGCUCUUUGGGAAUUAAAUUUGUUGGUUAUGUGAUAAUCAUUUUUGGAGCAAUGACUUCGAUUUGUUCUUUCCUGUUUGGAAAACUCUUUGAAUAUGUCAACAGGAUUGCUUUCUUUAUUCUAGCUACAGUAAUUAAUAUUAUCUGCAUAUCAGUUUUAUUUGUAUGGAGACCGAAUCCUGAGCAACUUGGAAUGUACUUUGUGUUUUCUGGACUGUGGGGCAUUGCAGAUGCUAUUUGGCAAGCAUCAGUAAAUGCUCUCUAUGGAAUACUCUUUGAAGGUAACAGAGAAGCCGCUUUUGCUAAUUACCUUCUGUGGAAAUCUCUGGGAUAUGUCUUAUCUUUUGGAUAUAGCCCAUUUUUAUGUAUUAACAUAAAGUUAUCAGUUUUAAUAUUUAUUUUAUUAGUGGGCAUGUUUUGUUAUGGAAUUGUUGAAUAUUUUGAAUGGAAAAAAACAGUAUCGAAGAUUACCAAUAUUAUUGUUGUAGACAACUUUAAUCGGAAACCACAAGGGACUAUUAAAGACUCCGUUCAAGGUUUCAUCAUCAUUAUGUCAUUGAAGAUCAUCGUUUGA